AUGGCGAUCUGGGAUGGUUUCCACGAUGACGGGUUGAUGCGCCGAUCCGCGAUGAAUACAAGCAAAACUAGCCCAGAUCAAACUCUGCAAAAUGAAUAUCGAUAG